AUGCUGAACAUCUUCCGCUCCAUCCCCACGCAGAUGGACUACAAGGGCCAAAAAUUAGCAGAACAGAUUUUUCAAGGAAUCAUUCUUGUCUCUGCAAUAAUUGGUUUCAUCUAUGGAUACAUCACUGAACAGUUUGGAUGGACUGUCUACAUAGUUAUGGCUGGAUUUGCUUUAUCGUGUUUGCUAACACUCCCUCCGUGGCCUAUGUACCGCCGCAAUCCUCUGAAGUGGCUACCUGUCCAGGAGUCGGGAACAGAAGAAAAGAAGCCAGCAGACAGAAAGCCAAAGAGACAUGCUAAAAGCUAA